AUGGGAUCAAUUGGAGGCCUCGAUCUUUCCCUGAUCUCUGCUCAACAGAAAUUAGCUGUCGGGCUAGCUCAUGUCAACUUUGACUUCUCUCUUGUCAAGAUCGAAGCUCCGGCUGAGUACCAGACUGUUGGUGCAUGCCUCUCGAAAAGACGAAGGCAAGAAGCAGAAACUGGACCACUUCACGUCGUUGCCAGGAAAUUAGGCGCAUUGUUUGCCUCAGAUAUACCGGAUGCUCCCAAUCUCUUUCGUGCAUAUGGCGAGCGGGCCUCGAAGAUCGCCGGUAAUCCGUCCUUCAAUCCCAUCGGAUCCAGGCGUGAUGGUGCAUUUGCAGACCACAUCGGAGCAGAUGGAACCAGUAUAUGGGCAGCCGCAACCUCGGGUGAUGCUGCAAUCGCUAUGCAUCUGCUUGGAUGCAUGCUUGCCCGCAUAUGGGAGAUGCCGGAAGCAACUUCCAUUCUAAGCGAGAUGGUGGUAGCACGAAAAGCUAUCCUUAAGCGUCAAACAGAGUCAGCUCAAUUUCACAUAUCCGACAUCGCUGCGGCGGAAAUUGUUCUAAGCCGUAACCAACUCGCGGCAUGGGAUGCGAGCGCAAGGGCGUGGCUUCGAACGGCCGACACAGCUUAUCCGCGACAGCAUCGACAAUUGAUGCACUUGAUCAAGCAGUCCGACUCGGCGCUACCGACUGGAGACGAUGUCUACGCCAUUGUGAAAAAUGUUUGGCAAAAUUCCAUCAAGAUCGCCGAGAAACUUCUUGCCGGGGAAUCCUACAGGACAUCAACGUCAGAGCCACUUUUGGCUCUUGCAGCAUGGCAUCUCUAUCCUGACAUGGCUAUCCUUGGUCCAAAUACAGCUGAUGUGCUUCAACAGGACCCUCUUUUCCACGCUGGUGGAAUACUGACAAUCGGUAUGCCCGCAGCUGGAUCGCAAAAUGAGAACGGCAUCACCUGGUCUUUACCCCUGUCACAUCUGCGCUUCUAUGGAAAGCCAGUCACAAAGACACGUUCUCUAGGUCUUGAUUCCGAGCGCAUAUAUUUUGAGGAUCUUAAGUACGUGGUUCUUGGCACAAUGACUGGCCAUUGGUUCACUAAAUCUGGAGGCUUAUCCAAGGUUGUGGACUUCUUGAAUGCUUUAAUGAACUGUCUCCAUUCCUCAAUCUCUGAAGCUUCUGACCGCAGGCCUGAUGGGACGGAAACCGGUCCAGUAGCAUCAAAUGAAAUACCUGCGUGGCUUGGUUUACUCUAUAAAGCCGCUUGCGGUAUAAGGGGUUCCCACGGCCAGGUAAGGGUCGAUCGGGAACGGCUUUACAGAUUGGGCCAGCGCAGGGGAACCAAUUUUCUUUCAUCUUCAAGCUCGAAGAUCCCUGAAGCUUUUGGUCUCGCCAGUUUUGAAGCUUUCAUUGACCAAUAUAGGGAUCACGAGGAGAAGAUAAAAAUGGUUCGAAAACUGCUCCCAACCUUGAUUUCAAACCCUUUUUUCCUCCAAGCGGGCUUCAUCAGCUAUAGAGUUCAGAAGAGCACGGAGCCCAUUGGGUCAGAGUCUGGGUUUGGGGAGCGUACGGAGAAUGACGAGCACUCCCAUCCCACACAUGCCGAUUCUUUGACUGUCAGCCCAAAAGCUCAUGAAGAAUUUGCUACAAUAGUACCACUGUCUCUGCUAAGCAAUCAACAUCAACGCCGCGUACCCUCUGUCCACGCGAAAAACAACUCUUAUGGAAGGGGCAAUAUUUUCUCUCGUGAGUUAAGCUGGGAGGUUUCUUGCAUGCUCAGUCCCGCUUCAGCUCAAGUGCACCGAUGCGCUGAGUUGUUCAAGAUGACAGGUGAACAAGCUGGUCUUUACGUUCGACCUGCAGGCGAUGAUCCAUUUUCCCGCAUGUUCUCGCUCAAGGAUGAUGGAAUAACAGAGAUGGAGCUCGGCCCCGACUUCUGGCCGGGAAAGAAGUUGAGAUAUUGGAAAAUGGAGAACCCUUUCGCGAACUCACCACCGGAGAUUUUUCAGACUUCACACCGCGACUGGUGUCAGGUGGUUCAGACUGCGCAGGCGCAACCAAGGUUCGGUAAUAUCAUCAGUUGCCCCGUGGGCCUCAUUACAGGCUUUGGGAGCGAUGGAUCAGUCACAUUUAACCGUUCACUUCGUCCGCCUUCUACACCUAAAUCGGAAAAAUCUUCGUACUUCGACGCUGGGAGAAAAUCCUGGUGGAAGGGUACAGACACUAGAACGCCUAUCCCAGCUGCCGAGGUCGGCCCCCAAACGGGGACCUAUGCACCAGUACCAUUUUGUCUUAGACUACGUGACGCUCUUGAUGAUGGUGCCGAUAUUCUGGCUGAGGAAAUGGGAUGUCCUCGGAAGUACUAUAUAGCUGACCGAGCAGGAGCAGGUACGACUUACAAAUAUAGCUUGAUCGCUGGUGACGGCUCAGCGUUUGGUGUUUGA